AACAUAGCAUUUUAAUACUAGAUGGUACAAAUAUUUUGGAUUAUUUUGUCUUUUGCCUUAAUAAACUUUUUUAAACGAAUAUUCCCUUAGAAUUAACUUACAUCAAUUUAAUUGAAUUCUCAGAGUCUCGAAACAAAUUUCAGGUCACUGUUUUCAACUGGUUGUUAUCUAAAAAUCUCAUUCUUGCUGAAACUGCUGUGCUAUUAAUAUUUGUAAAGAAAAUGGCACACGCAAUAGGUUACAUAGUAUCAAUAAAAUGUCUUGGACGCUUGGGAAUAUAUCAGGGUAAGAUCACUGAUGCUAACCAUCAUACCAUCACUUUGGCACAGGCUUUUCACAAUGGGUAUCCUUGUAAUGGACCCGUACAAAUCACAGCAUCAGAUAUACUAGACAUAAGUUUCAUUGAAAGAGCAGUAGAGGAGCAACAAGAAAACAGUAUAGUAACCAUUGAAAAACCAAUUGCCAAAAGGUUGGGUAGAUCUCAUAGUACCUCAGAAACUCAACCUUCCAGUUCGAAGCAGGCUCAACAAAAUGGUGGUUAUUACAAUAAGAGUAAGCCAAUUGAUAUUGAUUUAAGUAAGAAGUUUGAUGAAGCUCUUCCUGGUUCUUUUAAAAAUAAUACUCCCAAUAGAAAAGGACAAAAAGGUGGUGGUAAGCAAUGGAUAAAGGGUUGGAAAGAUGAAGAAUGCUUUGGUUCUCCUCUGGACCAGCACAUGAAAGGAGAUUUCGAUUUUGAAAAGAAUUUGGCCCUUUUUGAUAAACAAGCCAUCUGGGAUGAACUGAAUUCACAGAGGCCUGACCUGGUUAGAAAUGUGGAAACCAGAAAAAAGUACAGUGUUUUUUAUUGGAGUUCAAAAUACAGACAUGACGAGAAUGUCAUCGCAACCCAGCCAACUUCCACCCGUCAAAUUAUAGUGCCAAAACAUGAGUUUACUGAAUAUGUUACAGAUGACGGCCUGAUAAUCCCUUGCAUUUCCAAGCAUCUUCGCAAAAAACUAUUUGAGGCAGCUGAAACCGCGGGAUUAACAUUUGAAAGGCGAUCGGAAUUAUUUGGUACCGCCGCAGCGGAAAUUGCUAUUCAGCUUUUGGGUGGAGGUCACAGACUGAAUCCAAAUAAUAUGCAUCAGCUGCCUACUGUUCUUGUAUUAUGUGGACCUCACAGACAAGGAGCGGCAGGUGUGAACACAGCGCGUCAAUUGGCCUCCCACGGGGUGCGCACCAUAGUCUAUUGUGCCUCCUUAGACGCGGUUGCAUUAAAAAAAGAACUGUCCCUUUACAUGUUGACGCGUAACCGAACGAUCUCGAUCAUUCCCGAACUGCCUAGCAGCGCGGAUUUAAUUAUUUGCGCGUUAUGCGACGACUCGGACAUGCCCAAGAGUUAUCCGAUGCUGGCCGAGUGGGUGAAUAAGAAUAAGGCGCCGGUGUUGGCGCUGGAUCCGCCAUCUGGCGGAGUACCGGGUAUUUUAGCGAAGAUCUCCUUACUCCCAGUUCUUCCUCUUUCUCACUCCUCGAGCAACGGGAAGCUUUAUUUGGCCAACCUGGGGUUCCCUGUGGACAUUUUCAACGAGGUGGGAAUUAAGUAUAGGAGUCCCUUUGGCGCUAAAAAUACCAUACCGCUACAUCCGAACGAAUGAUUUAACAUUGAAAUUUAAGGAUUCAACUAAACCGAGUUGUGGAACGAUUACAGAGGAAUGAAUACUUUUACAUUGACCGGGGUAUCGGCGAUUCAAGUGAUAUAAUGGAAACGUACCAGUGUAAAUUAACUAUAUUAUGCAUAGGCUUCAAAUUAUAUUUUAUUGGUUGAUAGAUGGGCGGGAAGGUUUCGACUUACGGCAGUAUUUAAUUGCAUUUAUUUAUUUAUUGAUUGAUUUUUCUUCAUAAGUAAUUAUUUAUUAGACUUAUCUUGUUGUUAGUUAUAUUGUAAUCAUGAAAAAAUGUGUUUGUAAGUUUUCCGUUAACCACUAUGGUUCUGUAAUGCGACAAACGAAAUGACUCUGCUUAUAUUUUUUUAUAUUACUAUAUUUAUUUUCUUUGUAGUUUUUCCACAAUCAAAUAUAAGUUGUUGAUAAUGA